UAAACCUGUCCAACAUAUCGAAUAAUUUUUGCGGAGUCAUAUAAUAUAAAAGAAGAUGCACGUUUUGUUAAUUUUUCAGUAAACAGUUUCUAGUGAUUUAAUUAUUUUAACGUUUAUUGGAAAAAGUUAUAAUUAAAUUGAUGCUUUAAAAACAAGAUGGAUCCUGCUUCGCUCCUCCUAAGGUUAUCAUUCUUUGGACUGUUCCUGAUACUGCUAUACUUAUACGCAACCAGAAACUUCAACUAUUGGAAGAAGCGAAACAUAAAAUAUGUAAAACCUGUUCCAUUUAUUGGUAACCUGGGUCCUAUGAUAACUUUAAAGAAAAAUAUCGGAUUUUUCCUUUUGGAUAUGUGCGAAACACUUAAAAGUGAUGUCUUUGGAUUUUUUGCUUUUGACACGCCUUUUUUGGUAGUAACGUCACCGAAAUUACUUAAAAACAUCCUGGUAAAGGAUUUUUCUAUUUUUAACGACAGAAUAGUAUAUUCUCCUAAUGGUCAUCCAAUUUUGGAAAAUGUAAUGUUUCUCGCAAAAGGCCAAUCUUGGAAAAACGUACGCUCCAAAUCAAGUCCAGCAUUUACCUCUGGCAAACUAAAGAACAUGUUUUUACUGAUAUUAAAAGAAUGUAAACUGCUUACCGACUACAUUGACAAGUUUGUCGAUAUGCCUAACGUUGAGGCCAAAGAGAUAUGUGCUAAAUAUUCUACUAACGUUAUAGCCAGAUGUGCAUUUGCAGUAGAAGCUAAUUCGUUUGAAAGUGAUGAUGCCGAAUUUAGGAAAAUUGGAAGCCGGCUAAUCAAUAUGAAACUGUCAACAGCCAUAAGACAAACCAUAUGCUGGUUCUCGCCAAUGAUAGUUAAGUUAUUUGGAAUUUCCGUUUUCGAAGGAAGUUCUGUUACAAGGUUAUCGGCAAUUUUUAAAGAAGUCUUACAUACAAGAAUGAAUUCUAACGAGAAUACAUCGAACGAUUUAAUAGAUGUACUGUUAGAGUCCAAGAAAAAAGGAUCGGAAUUAUCUGAAGACUUCAUGGUAGGGUCAGCCGUUCAAUUUUUCACUGCUGGAUUUGAAACAGUUAGUAGCGUAUUAAGUUUUACGUUAUACGAACUUACUGUUAAUCCAGAUAUACAGCAACGUCUAAGAAAAGAAAUUCUGAAACAUAUUGAUGAGAACGGAUUCACUUAUGAGUCCCUUAAUGCUAUGAAAUAUUUAGAUAUGUGUGUAUCAGAGACCUUAAGAAAAUACCCUACUUUACCCUUUCUUGAUAGGGUAUGCAAUGCAGAUUAUAAGCUUACCGACGAGAUCACAAUUGAAAAAGGAACUAAGAUAUUUGUUCCUCUUUUCGGAUUGCAUUAUAAUAAAGAAUUAUUCCCUAACCCCUAUAAGUAUGAUCCAGAAAGAUUUGCAGAUAAAUCAGUGAUUAAUGCUGACAAUAUGCUCUACUAUAUGCCUUUUGGUGAAGGACCAAGGAUAUGUAUUGGAAACAGAUUUGGUCUUAUGGGAGUAAAAACCGCCCUUGUUUCAAUUUUAUCUAAAUUCGAUUUGGUAAAGAGCGAUAAAACUCCGGAACACAUUAAUUUUGAUCCUAAAGGCAUUGUGCUGCAGUCAACAAUAGGAAUUCCAAUUACAUUCAAGCAUUUGUAGAAGAGUCACUGCAAAAUACUCGCAUAUUUUGUGACAAAUACUUAGAUAGUAUCAGUCUAGUUAAAUAUAAAAGAAUGGAAUGUACUUUUGAGUUAUGUAAACAAUGAUGACAGUUUAUUUCUUAAAUAGACAAAUUACCUCAAUGACUAUAUAAUUUGUAUGCUAGCACCUUAUAGACAAAUAUAUAAUUGUUUAUAAAAUUC